AUGGUAGAUAAUUUGAGUGAAAUGAUGCAACGUGAAUGGAAUUUAGUUAAUAAUGAUAGAGAUGAAGAUUCCAAUUAUGAUAAUGAUGCACGUCGUCGACAUAUUCGUCUUAGUCGUCGUGCUCAUCAAUCAGGUACUGGAACUAGUAAUCAUGCAACACGUGUUAACCAUUCAGCUGCAUUAGUACAACGUAAUGGUCCUCUAGCUGCUUCACCUACAUUAAAAUCAUUACGAAUUAUUUUUAUGCGUCAUAGUGAACGAGCCAAUCAAGCACUUGGUCCUGAUUGGUUUAAUAAAGCUUUUCGUACAAAUACAUAUAAACCUUAUGAUAUUAAUUUACCAGAUUAUUUACCUAAAAGACGUUCUGAUCAAGCUUAUGAAUAUGAUGCACCAUUAACAGUACGUGGUUUAAAAAUAGCUCGUCUUACAGGUCGUGCUAUGAUGAAUAGUGGACUUGUAGCUGAUGUAUGUCUUUCAUCAACUGCUCUUCGUUGUGUACAAACAUGUGAACGAAUUCUAACAGGCAUGGAUCGUCGUGAUCGUAUUCCAAUUCGUAUUGAACCUGGCCUCUUUGAAUGUCCACAUCUUAAUCAUAAAAUAACCGAUAGUUUUAUGACAAAAAAAGAAUUUAUGGAAAAUAGAUACAAUAUUAAACAUGAAUAUAAAGCAUUAAUUCCCAGAGUCCAUGUACCUGAAACAUUAGAUGAUUAUUUUGAUAGAAGUGUUGCUGUUAUGCGAGGAAUUAUCAACAGAUAUGGUCAUCAUGGUGGUACAGUACUUAUUGUUACACAUGCGCCCGGUUUAUUAGCUUUGACGGAUGCAAUCAAAGGAUUAAGACCAAAUGUUGAUACAUUUUAUCGUACUGUAUCAACAUAUUCACCAUUAGCAACUUGUAUUGCGGAAUAUGAUGGAUCGAAAUGGAAAUAUACAGAACGACCAUUUAAUUUUAUUCCUACAGAUCAAUAA